AUGGUGGAAGAUAUUGGAAGGGGGUUGUCUGAUGAUGAUUCGGAGUCAGAACAGUUGUUAACUCCAGAAGGUAGUGAAGGUAGUGGUAGUAAGGAGGAUGACAAUGCUGCCAAACCAAGUCCAUGUCCGUUUCCUAAAUUUGGAAAGCAAAAGUCAAUGGUAGACUACAAAUGGGAAGUUGGUACUAUUUUUAAUGAUAAGGAGGAUUUUAAGGAAGCAAUUAAAAACUAUGUUAUUCAUACUGGGAGGGAUCUUAAGUUUGUAAAGAAUGAUAAGCGUAAGGUUCGGGUACAAGAUAUACGUAAUAAAGCACUUAGGAAAUGGAACACCAAGGUCUCAAUUUCCAAAGCAAGAAGGGCCAAGUUAAUGGCAACAAAUGAACGUGAAGGAGACUUUAAAGAGCAAUUUAGAAGGAUUCAUGACUAUGGACAUGAGGUCUUGAGAAGUAACCCANGUUCAACUGUUAAGAUUAAAGUGAACAGUGAUAAUGGUGAGGCCAUUUUUGAAAGAAUUUACGUAUGUUUGGAUGCAUGUAAGAAGAGUUUUGCAAGUUGCAGGCCCAUCAUAUUUUUAGAUGGUUGUUUUUUGAAAGGUAUAUAUAAGGGAGAGUUGCUAACAGCAGUUGGUAGGGACCCAAAUGNCCAAAUGCUUCCCAUAGCAUAUGCAGUAGUUGAAGUUGAAAAUAAAGAUAGUUGGAGUUGGUUUUUGCAAUUAUUGAUUGAAGACCUUGGUGGUAAUCAAAUAUGUAGAGCAUGCACGUGGAUGUCUGACCAACAAAAGGGGUUGCUACAUGCUAUUGAAGACCUUUUGCCUAAGGCAGAACAAAGAUUCUGCAUAAGGCACCUAUAUGCUAACUUUAGGAAGCAAUUCAGUGGUCAAAUACUGAAGAAUUUGAUGUGGAGUGCUGCAACAAGCACGUACCCCCAGGCUUGGGAGAGAGAGAUGCUGAAGAUGAGAGCAGUGAAUGAGGAAGCUUAUAAAUACCUCAUAGGUAUUCCACCAAGGUUUUGGUCAAGAUCUAGAUUCACAUCUCAAGCAAGUUGUGAUAGUCUANAUAACAACAUCAGUGAAGGUUUCAACAGUGUCCUCAUUCAUGCUAGAGGAAAACCAAUAAUCACAUUGCUGGAAGAUAUUAGAGUUUAUUUGAUGAAAAGGUGGGCCACGAACAGAAUGAAGGUGGCAUCUAUGGAUUUCAAUGUUUGCCCAAAGAUCAAGAAGAGAUUAUUAAAGGAAUCUAAGUUGUCUAGAUAUUGGAUUCCAAGCUGGUCUGCAAGGAGGAUUUUUGAGGUUAGGCAUGUGUCAGCUGUUGGGAACAAGUUCUCAGUGGACUUGGAUGCUCGUGAAUGUAGCUGUAGGCAAUGGAUGAUCAGUGGCAUCCCAUGUUGCCAUGCAGUAUCAGCCAUGCAGUUUAUAAAUUUACAACCAGACACUUUUAUACCAAUUUGGUUCAUGAAAUCCACAUACGAAGAGACUUAUGCAUCCAUCAUUUAUCCUGUGAAUGGCCACCUCCUAUGGGAAAAAACAAGCUUCCCUGAUAUAAUGCCACCAGUAAAGAGGAAGAUGCCUGAGAGGCCAAAGAAGAAAAGAAGAUUGGACCCAUGGGAGCUAACCAAGGAUGGAACCCAGAUAACUGUUGGUGGGCAUAGAAAGAAAUGUAGCAUCUGUCGUCAAUUGGGGCACAACAAAAAAAUAUGUCCUCUACGUCCACCCAUCAUAGAACAAACAGAACCAGCAAGUGACCAACCUCCUCAGCCACAAAAAGCACCAAGUGACCAACCUCCUCAGCCACCAGAAGCACCAAGUGACCAACCUACCCAGCCACAAGAAGCAGCAAGUGACCAAUCAACUCAGCCUCCAGUACCAACACAAGAUUCCAUGACAGAACCAACUCCACCAAUACUUAGGAAAAAGUUAACAAUUAGAAGAAACGUUGCAUAG